GGUAACGAAUGGAGACUAUUUUAUUAGAAAUUCGUUACAUAUUCACUAGAAAUCUCAUAUAACCUACAGCCAAGAAUUAACGUCUUCCAUUGUUCAUAUGUUUUUCGAAUAAAGCACUAACUUGUAAUUUUGACUUUAGAAGUGGGAAAUAUGAAACUUCACGUGUAGGCAGCAUAAUAGUAUUAUGUGAGGAAACGUUCCUCGCGCGCCCAGGAUAAUAGACCGUGACGUCACAGAGGCCCGUGACCUCACAAUGGUAACAUUCCACAGCCUGGAGUUCAGCUUCGGGCCGCAGUCAGUCCAGUGAAAAUCCGAGCAGAGCAAAGAUUGAUUAGCCUGUCACGUUAACAAACACUCGAGCUUUGCGUUUUCCAGCGCUUAAUUAAGAGCUCUAGUGUUUCUCCUGUGCUGGAGCCAGUGGAGCUCAACACUGAGUGUCCAGUGUCAGCAGAGGAUACUCUGACAGCUGGAGAAAACACCACCGACCCUUAAGAAGUAAAUCCAGAGGCUUCUCCUGCAGCAGCCACGAUGGAGAGCAGCCCGACAGAAAUACCUGCAAAACGCAAGAAGAAUAGCCUUUGUGCAUUCUUCAGAAACACAUGGCUGGCUGUAAAAAGCACCAACCAGUGUCGACGUCAAGGCAGCAAAGUGGCCCCUCUUCAGCCUGUGUCCGACACAGAUUCAGCUGAUUCCCAGUGUGCUCCACCCAGCCUCCAACCAACGGCACGUUGGCAUCUAGCUGAUCCUCAGCCAGAUCUGUCUGUCCUUGAGGCGACGGCUCUGCAGGAUCAAACUGAUCCUCUGCCGGGUUCAUCCAGCGUCACGCCAACAAACUGUGAUCCAAAUCCAGCUGAUUCUGAGCCAGCUGAAGAGAAUCAAAAAAACAGGAAGAAGAAGAAACACAUCUAUGCAUUCUUCAAAAGAACGUGGCAGGCUGUAAAACAUGCAACAAAACGAAGCAAAAAGCACAGAGUGGCUCCUCUAUAUCCACAGCCCGACACAUAUUCAGCUGAACCUCAGCCAGAUCUGUCUGUCCUUGAGUCGACGGCUCUGCAGGAUCCAGUUGAUCCUCAUCCAGAUCUGUCUGUCCUUGAGUCGACGGCUCUGCAGGAACCAGUUGAUCCUCAGCCAGAUCUGUCUGUGCUUGAGUCGACGGCUCUGCAGGAUCCAGUUGAUCCUCAUCCAGAUCUGUCUGUCCUUGAGUCGACGGCUCUGCAGGAUCCAGUUGAUCCUCAUCCAGAUCUGUCUGUCCUUGAGUCGACGGCUCUGCAGGAUCCAGUUGAUCCUCAGUCAGAUCUGUCUGUCCUUGAGUCGACGGCUCUGCAGGAUCCAGUUGAUCCUCAGCCAGAUCCAACCAUCCUCAAUUCAGGGGCUCUUCAGGAUCUGAUGGAUCCUCCAGAAGAUCCGCAGCCUGGUUCAUCUGACCCUAAUCGAGAUCCAGAUGCUUCAAAGAUGACAGCUGUCGUAGGAGAAUCUAGCUUUGUGCCAGCGGGUCUGCAGGAUCCAGCUGAUCCUCUUCCAUCUGACCUUGAGCCAGCAGCUCCAAAAUUUCCAGGUGCUUCCAAGCAUCGACGAAUUGGAGAUCGAACCCGUUUCAGAGCAGCCUGUUUCACUGAUCCAACUCCUGUUCCAUUUGAUGAAAUUUAUGAAGUGGAAAGAAAGAUUGGAGAAGGAGGCUUCGGCACUGUGUACAAGGGGAUUUCAAAAUUUCUACGUGAGCAGGUCACCAUCAAAAUCAUCCCUAAGAGAGAUGGAGACCGGUUUAUUGAAAUUCCUGGCUGUUCCAAGCCACUGUUUGCAGAAGUGGCUCUAAACCUGCUGCUGAAACGACCUCCGUUAAGCCCCUACAUUGUGCACAUGCUGGAGUGGUUUGAAGAGGACGAUCGGUUCAUCCUGAUCCUGGAGUAUCUGCAUCCCUGCAAAGACUUGCUCAAGUUCAUGCUUAACAACAUGCAGCUACUGGAUGAAUCACAGACACGUAGCCUGAUGUACCAAGCAGUGCUGGGAGCCAAGCACUGUCUUGACCGAGGCGUCUUCCACCGUGACAUUAAGUUAAAUAACUUUCUGAUCAACACAAAGACGAACCAAGUCAAACUGAUAGACUUUGGCUGCGGUGACCUCGUCAAAAGUUCAGGCUACUUGGGUGAUUUUACAGGAGGAGUCCGCCCACCUGAGUACUAUGUGAACUUUAAAUACGAGGCAGGGCCAACGACUGUUUGGUCUCUGGGCUUUAUGAUAUACUCAAUGGUGUACAAACGUCAACCCUUUAAAAGUCUACGAGACAUGAUGCAUGGCAGUCUGAGGUUUAAGCACAAAAUAUCCACAGAAUUGCAGGAUUUGAUAAUCCGCUGCAUGACUCGUGACCCAACCGAGAGAGCAACCGUAGAGGAGAUCCUACAGCAUGAAUGGUUUCAGCAGGGACAAGUGUCAGGAGUAGCUCAGGAUCAGGUAGUAACAGCAGAUGCUCCAAAUCGGCCCCAGUGAGGAAAACUGCACAAAUUAUUCAGCAGAGAGUCUUCAGAGCAGCAAGCUUAGAUAAUAAUAAUAAUAAUAAUAAUAAUAAUAAUAAUAAUAAUAAUAAUAAUAAUAACACUUGGUGUGCAAAGGAGAAGAAGACUAAGGAAAAGCAAAAGUAGUGCACAAGGAAAUAUAAAGAGGUCAUAUAGUAUCUAAUGCACAAAAAUAGGAUAAAACCUUCUAAGAUAAAAUUUCUAAAUAAAUAACUUGAUGAGAAGUGUUUUUUGCACUGUAAGUGACGUUACUGACAGAGAUGCUUCCUGCCAAAGUGCACAUAUUCAACUAAUCGACAACGAAAUUAUCACCCGCCAGAGCGGCCUGUGAAACUGAGAACUCCACCUGCCAUAUUUACCUGCAUUUGGAGCUUGACAGGAGAUAAUUCCCUGUCCUGGUUUGAAGACACUUGUCCAAUUACUCAGUCCUACACCAAUACGUUUCAAAUCAUGUAUAACAAUAAAAGUCUUGCUAAAAAGCCCAAUGUUAUUUAAUAUAUCCUUAAAAUAUCUUCAAGCUACACUGGACUCCACUGACUUUCUUUAUAAUAAUAUAGAAAAUAUGAUAUCUACUAUUGUGUUCCACAGAAGAAAAAGUCAUACAGGUUUGAAACAAGAUGAGGAUGAGAAAAUGACAGAGUUUCCCUUUUUUGAGUGAAGUAUCACUUAAGUCUCUUGUGCUUCCAGAUUAUUUUCACAGCCGUGAUUGUCUUCUGCUUCAUCAAAAAUUAUGUGGUAUAUAUAACAGUCAGUAUCAAUGUGCAGUGAAAUCAGUUCAAUGAUUAAAACUUUGUUUUAAAUAAAUGCAACGCAAACAAUUGUUUUCUUAAUCAGUAGUUUUCCAGUACAUUUAAACAUCCUAAAAUUGUGUAAGAAAUCGUUGUUGUUCUCUCACACACUGUUCCAGUCAUUUAAAUCGUUUAUUCUUUUUUAUUGAAAUCUAUUAACCA